AUGAGACAGGACUGCGGAGGAAACCUCAUGUUCAACAUGUAUCUCUCAGAUCCAACAGAAAAUCUAUUGAAAGAAGGCAAAGGAACGUCUUGGGGUCCAAUAAACACAGGAGUACAAAAAGGCAGUGGCCAGAUUCAGCUGUGGCAGUUCCUGCUGGAGCUCCUGUCUGACAGCACCAACAUGUCGUGCAUCGCCUGGGAGGGAACCAACGGCGAGUUCAAGCUCAUCGACCCGGACGAGGUGGCUCGGCGAUGGGGGGAGCGCAAAAGCAAACCCAACAUGAACUACGACAAGCUGAGCCGGGCGCUGCGCUACUACUACGACAAAAACAUCAUGACCAAAGUCCACGGCAAACGGUACGCCUACAAGUUUGAUUUCCACGGCUUGGCGCAGGUGUGCCAGCCGUCCACCACGGAGCAGGCCAUCUACAAGUUUCAGGGCAACUUCUCCCCGAUUCCUUUCUCCGGGAUUUCCAAACUAAACCUCGUGGCUCCCGGCGUGGGGCCGUCGGGUUUCUCCUACUGGCCCGGGUCCCCACCGGCGGCUCUAUAUCACAGCCACAACCUCCAGCCGCCGGGGCCCUUUGGCACCGUGUCUCCGUCCCACAUCAGCUGUGUCAACAACAUCAACAGUCUGACUAACAUCAAUAAUCAUUAUAACUGACUC